AUCACUAUCGUAUAGGGAUGACGAGUGCUAACAUCUACGAACUUGAAGCCAGUAACACGACGAGAUUGGAAUAUAGACCUGCAAUUCCAGCCAGUCUAUACGCAGCUACGUACCAAGUUAAGAGUUCUUCAAGCUUUGCUAGCGCCCCAUAAACUGCUGGAUGAGCCCGAUACUCCGCUCCACAUUGAAGGCUAGGACGGCCCACAUCGAUACGAUACUUCGCAUUACAUCUAAGCCGUGACCCCGCGGUGUUCCCUUCCAUGAUGUGCACAAGGAUGGCCCAGGAUGCAGUGGUGCUCAUGCUUGCGUUGGCUGUUGAGCCUUGCGUUGCUUCUGGUUGCAGCAUGUCGGGAUGCUCACGCCGGCGCCACGCCUGCUAACAACGCAGGCCUGCGGAACGAUGGUGAUCUCCACACUUUUGUCACGAGGCCCGACAUUCGAUCGCCGAAAUUCAUCAACACCGUGAACAACGUGGACAAAGUGACGCCGGGAUACCUGUUUCUCGCUCCGUACGACUGUCUGGAGUGCGAGUCUCCCUCGAGUCUCUACAUCUCACAGCAGAUUGGGCCUCAUAUUUACGACGGCCAUGGCGAGCUUGUUUGGAGUGGCGCCAGCGUGGCUCGCAAUAGACGCGCUUUCGACUUCAAGGUCACGACUAUCGGCGGCGUGGGUCAUCUUACGUUCGUAGCGCCCAACUCGACCUCGCGCUCGGUGUUCGGACACAGCGUCGGGUAUAUAAUCGACGCUACCCUCCAACUCAAGGCACAAGUGCAUCACCCCGACGAUAAGCAGGACUUCCAUGAAUUCACCACACUGCACGAUGGUUACUCUGCCAUCAUUACGCUUCGACAAGAACGACAGUCCAGCAGUCCUCGCACCACGUUUCUCGACCGUGGAUUCCAAGAGGUACGCAUCCGCGACAACCACGUUCUGUUCGAAUGGUGGGCCUCGGAGCAUCUGUCUUUGGAAGAGAACAUCUCGCCCAGCGUCGAACAGGGCAUAUGGGAUCCGUUUCACGUGAAUGCAAUCGAAAAGACUGACAAUGGCGAAUACCUUGUCUCGGCCAGGGCAACAGAUACAAUUUACCUGUUGUCCGCAGAAGACGGCCGCGUGAUCUGGCGGCUCGGCGGGACGAAUUCCGAUUUUCGACUCGACGGCUUCACCUUCAGCCGCCAGCACGAUGCACGACUGCGCUCACGCAAUGACACGACAAUACAACUUUCCUUCCUUGACAACGCAUACGAUGGGAUUGGAUCAACGCCGACAGCCGAGCAGUCAUCAUUGCUCACCGUGGCGCUUCAUCUCACCACCUCACCGAUGACUGCGACGCUGGUCCGCCGUAUUCCACGACCAGAUGGACUAUACACGUUUGCAAGAGGCAACAUGCAAGUACUCGACAACGGCAACGUCUUGGCCAAUUGGGGCGACAAUGCAUACAUCACAGAGCACACCGCCGGCGGCGAACUGGUGUUUGAAGGAUCAUUCAUCUCUAGUCGCCUGCUCAACUAUCGUGCGUACAAAUUCAAUUUUACUUCCUACCCGACUGAUUGGCCGGUGGCGAAAGCCAUGGUGUCCAUCAACGCUCAGCAAAAACCCAUCACUAUCAUUUACGUGAGCUGGGACGGAGCCACGCAGGUGCAUAGCUGGAAGGCAUACGCGGUGAAGAGCGACAACGACCCCGGCAUUGUCAUUGGUGAGACGCGAAAGACGGGCUUCGAAACGUCGCUCGUCUGUCAAGGUUAUCAUUCGCGUAUUUCCGUGGAGGCGCUCGACAUGAACGGCGAAAGACUGUCGGAGUCUCCCAUCAUCAUCACCGAGCUGCCACUCGGCUGGGAUAUCGGGUCUACCGACGGCAUCUUUCCUCGACUGGGGAUUGACCGACGUUUCAUUUCGACCUUUCUUGCUGGCAUGGUUGUCAUGUUUCUCCUCCUACGAGUGCGCACGAAACGAAGUAGAAGAGUGUUGCCUCGUAGUUGAACGGGGUGUCAACCUCUGGCGAUGACAAGUGGAUAUAGUUCUUCAUACUUCAUCAAGAUAUAUA